GUCAGAUCAGUUUGACAUUUCGAUUUCCGUAUGUGUUGACAUUGGAUUAAAGGGAAAAAGAGUAAGCCGACCGUGAACGCUUCAAACACAGCCAACUAUUGAUCUGCACCGAGAAGUGAUGUCAUAGUUGCACCCAACAAAUCGCUUUUAGGAAAAUUAUGCCGUAGCAGCGGCCGUCAAUACCAAAAUCAUCCAAGCCUAACCUCAAAGCGCAAUUCCAAGUGUAUCCAAUUCGAACGUCACUUUAUAGCUGGCUGUCACUAAUUUAGCGAUCGCCGCUGAAACUUUUCGCCAAAUUCCUUCCGCGUCCGGAACUCGAAUCAAUGCCGUCCAAGGUUCUGCUAACGCGGAGCAUUGACAUCGCCCGAGUGCUGAUCUACAGGCGGACGUUAGCAGGGAAGAUCUGUGGCGAGUGCAAACAAGCUGCAAACAAACUUCCGUUCAGGUCGCUCUUCACUUCGCACUUUUGUAUAGUCCGGGACAAUCGGAUACUUCUCUGUUCGGUCAGGAAUCUCAGCUCCAAUGAACCAAAGAAUCUUCCGGAAGACAAUGCAAAGCCCGAGUCGCAGGAAACCGCAUCACCUGUCGAUCCGGGCCAAAACGCGGAGAAGAUGAUGAGCACUGCUUCGGACACAACAAUUCUGUCCCAAAUCAGCGAUCCGGUGACCAAAACCGUAACCUACGAGCUGAGCACGAACAAAGGCAAGUUAGUAGUAACUGCAAACGUUGAGGACUCGAAAGUGCACGACGUUGUGCUCGAUAAGGAGAUGAACUCUCCUGCUUCGCCGCUCACCAACGCCGGCAUGGAUCAGCUGGCCGCUGCAGCCACCGUGCUCGCAACCAAAGACCUUACGCUGACCAAGCGAACUCGAGUCGACUUCAAUCGGUCGUCACUCGAACGAAAUUUCAUCACACCAGCACGCGCCCUUUCCGACUUCCUGCUAAGAGCAUCGGAUCUCGAGAGCCUGCCGAAAAUCAAGAGGCGAUCGCCCUACGAGCAAGAGCCACCCAUCACAGUCUACUGGCGCAAGGACGUCGAAUCCAAGGCGAUCGAAGUGUGGGGAUCCCGCGAGAACCUGCUGAGGGAAUGUCUGAAGCGGGAAAUCGACCGGAAGAAGCAUCAACAAAAUAUUUUCACCGUGAAGAGGAGGCUGCGGGACUACCGGAGGGAAGUCGGGAGCAGGGCGGUCGUAGUUGACGACGAACCCGGCCUUAUGGGCAAGUCCGGUAGAGUUGUACUUAUUGCUAUAGGAAUAAAUGCGACGAAUUUUAUGUUCAAGGCUUUAGCUUGGCUGUACACCGGAUCUCAUAGUAUGUUCUCGGAAGCAAUCCAUUCAUUUGCUGACACUGCAAAUCAACUGAUCUUAGCCUACGGCAUUCAUAAGUCUACCCAGCUAGCCGAUACGGAACAUCCCUACGGAUAUGCCAACAUGAAAUACGUUUCAUCUUUAAUCUCAGGUGUUGGUAUUUUCUGUGUAGGCGCUGGUCUGUCGGUAUAUCAUGGCAUCACAGGAUUAAUCAGCCCAGAACCGGUUGGCGAUUUUUUCUGGGCUCUUUGCAUUCUUGGUGGCUCAUUAGUUUCAGAAGGUGCGACUUUACUAGUUGCCAUAAAUGAAAUUCGACGAUCCGCCAAAAACUCUAACAUGAGUUUCAAGUCUUAUGUUCUUCGAGGACACGAUCCAUGUGUUAAUGUUGUGCUAACAGAAGAUGCAGCGGCCGUGACUAGUGUUGCCCUUGCGGCUGUUUGUAUGACGCUAACCACAGUGACAGGAUCCCAUAUUCCAGAUGCGAUCGGCGCAAUCUUGGUAGGAGGAAUUUUAGGUGGCGUUGCGUCAUUCAUAAUUUACACAAAUGUUGCUGCACUUGUUGGAAAAUCGAUUGCACAAGAGCAUUUGAAUAAAAUAAAUGCGGAGUUAGAGGCGGAUGUCAUGAUAAGGGCUAUCCAUGACGUGAAGGGAAUCGACAUGGGCAACUCACUGGUGCGAUAUAAGGCUGAAAUGGAUUUUGACGGCAGGGAGCUAACACGAUCCUAUUUAGACAAACAGGAUUUGAAUGAACUUUUAGCGACGGUAAAAUCAUUCCAAACCGUGGACGAGCUUGAAGCCUUUUUGCUGAAACACGGAGAAAAUAUCGUCGACUUAAUGGGAGGUGAAAUCGAUCGAAUUGAGAUGAAGCUACGGAAAAAGUUCCCGGAAAUACGGCAUUGUGAUCUUGAAAUACUUUAAAAAGGAUAAAUAAACUUUACGGUUACCGGCUGUGUGGAUAAAUAUUUGACAAAUUUAUAGGAAUAGCGGCUUUGCUAAUCGACUAUGUUGAACUGUAUAUAUACUAGGCAACAUGAAAACUAAUUACGUAGAAUGUGCUUUAAGCAAACUGAUCGUAUCUGCGGCCAAUGCAUAAGCUCGGUGAUGUGCGUCUGAUUUUAUCGGGACCCGUGAUCAAAUUUCUUUGCUAACAUAAAUCUAGAAUUAUGAAAGAAUAUUGAACUGUUCAGAGAAAGGCUUCCCACAGAGUCCAAACGUGGAUUGUCCUGCAGUUAUAAAAAAUAUUUAGUGUUAACAUAAAUUUCAGUGAAUAAUUUUUCUUAGCUAUUACCGAGAAACAAAUUCGUUGCGGUUUAUUAUGGUAUUUAUCUUGUACAAAAAAAGAAGAAAAUGUUUGUGAAUAAAGUAUUGAAUUUGAUUUAA